UUAAGAACAUAACCAAAAAAAAAGUUAUCUCACGUGCUUGUCAAUUUUGUAAAGGAAAAAAAUUUAAUUAUUGAUCGGAAAAAGAAAAUUUAUAUUUUUAAAACUUUUAUUAAUGGAUAUAAACAGUGAUUAUAUCGUUUGGAUCGAUAUGGAGAUGACAGGCCUUGAUCCGAUAAAAAAUAAAAUUUUAGAACUAGCAUGUCUUGUAACUGAUAGUAAUUUAAAAAUAGUGAGCAAUGAAUUUCAUGUUAUUAUUCAUCAAUCAGAUGAUGAGCUCAAUGGAAUGGAUGAAUGGUGUACAAAUCAUCACGAAAAGUCCGGAUUAACAGAUGCUUCUAAAAAAAGUACAAUAAAAAAUUCAGAAGCUGAAUUAGAAUUAUUAAAAUUUUUACAAAAAUACAUUCCAAAAAGAAAAUGUCCUCUUGCUGGAAAUUCUAUUUAUAUGGAUCGAACAUUUCUCAUGACACAAAUGCCUUUAGUUAAUGAAUAUUUACAUUAUAGAAUAAUUGACGUUUCUUCUAUGAAGGAAUUAAUAAGACGCUGGAAUCCUUCUAUAUAUGAAGAUAGUCCAAAAAAAUUGUUAAAACAUCGUGCACUUGAUGAUAUUAAAGACAGUAUACGAGAAUUAGAAUAUUACAAAAGACAUAUAUUUCAAUGAAAAAUAGGGAAAAAUUAAUUUUUUAAAUAUUAAUAUCAACUAAUUUACUAAUUUGGAGAAUUUGUUUGAUUGUCAAUUGUUUUUAAAUAUAAUUUGUAAAUACUAAAUGAAAUAAAAUUAUGAAUUUUUUUAAAAAUAA